GCAGCACACAUCGAGCAAACCAAAGGAUCUUGUUCAAUCGACAAACUCCAGCGUCCCUCCCAUUCAUCUAAAAUGAAGGCCUGCUUUGCCCUCCUGGUUCUCACUGCCAUGGUUGCUGCCACCAUUGCCGGAUACAUUGGCUACGGCAUCGGAUAUGGCGGCUACGGCGGUUACGGCGGAGGUUACGGCGGUGGAUAUGGUGGCUUUGGUCACUAUGGCGGAUAUGGUGGUUACGGCGGUUACGGUGGUUAUGGAGGCUACGGUGGGUUCGGUGGCUACGGAAAGUUCGGCGGCUACGGAGGCUACGGCUACCACGGCUGAACAGGAUGUUCAGUCACUUAACACUGCGGAAGCAUUCUGUACAAAGUCUACUGAAUAAAUUGUGUGAGUGAGCAAAA